AGUGAGGCUCGGGCCCAGCAGCUGUCACUGUCUCUCUCUCAGUCUCUUUCUCUCUUUCUCUCUCUCUCUGUCUCCCUCUCCCCAGUUUCAGUCUGUCUCUCCCUCUCUCUCUUUGUCUCCCCCUGUCUCCCAGUCUCUCUCUCAGUCUCCCCCUCUCUCUCUGUCUCUGCGAUGAUGGCGGCACAGAUCGCGGAGCGGCUGACCGGCCAGGAGGAGGAGAUCCGCCAUUUGAGCGAUGAGAUCGGCCGGCUGCUGGAGCUGGGGCUGAGCGGCACAGUGCAGUGUGACCCCAGCCCGGCCUUGCAGGAGCUCCGGGCCGAGAACGACAAACUCAAAUACCGCAUCGCCCACCUGCAGCGCAGCCUGGAUCAGGAGCUGGGCCAGCCUGGGGGGCCGGAGAGCGGGCCGGGGGGGCCGGAGAGCGGGCCGGGGGGGCCGGAGCCGGACAGCCAGGGGCCCCAGGACACAGAGCAGCCGAGGGCCGCAGCCCCGGGGGAGAACAAUCAGAAGUCUACGGUGGAAAAGACAACUGCUCAACAGAAUAAGAGGAAAAAGGAGAAGAAACAAGGAAUCGAAGUUAAUGGACAAAAGCCAGAGGCAUGCAGUGCUGCAGGAUUUAUUACAGACAGGCUACAACUCUACGAUAUCUUGAAGAAAAACCAUGAUGCUUUGCUUGCGGAUCGGGCUGCAAACCAAAGCCAGGCAAUUAAGAUCACCCUAGCUAAUGGAAAUGUUAUUGAUGGGGAAUCCUGGAGAACCACUCCAUAUCAAGUGGCUGCUGGGAUUAGUCGUGGCUUGGCUGAUAAUAUUGUCAUAGCUAAAGUGAACAAUGAGCUGUGGGACUUAGACCGGCCCUUAGAACGAAACUCGGUUGUGGAGCUGCUUUCAUUUGACAAUGAGGAAGCCCAAGCUGUUUACUGGCAUUCAAGUGCUCACAUCCUUGGAGAGACAAUGGAGAACUAUUACGGAGGUUGCUUGUGCUACGGACCACCCAUUGAAAAUGGCUUUUAUUAUGAUAUGUUUUUAGAGGACAGGGGGGUAUCAAGCAACGAGUUCCCAGUUCUGGAGAACAUGUGUAAAUCCAUUAUUAAGGAGAAGCAACCUUUUGAAAGGCUGGAAGUCAGUAAAGAUCUGCUAUUAAAAAUGUUCCAGUAUAACAAAUUCAAGUGCCGCAUUUUGAAUGAGAAGGUUGACACACCAACAACAACGGUAUACAGAUGUGGCCCUCUUAUUGACUUGUGUAGAGGACCCCAUGUGAGACACACUGGCAAGAUUAAAGCCUUAAAAAUAUAUAAGAAUUCUUCAACAUACUGGGAAGGGAAGGCUGAUAUGGAAACUCUACAGAGAAUCUACGGAAUAUCCUUUCCUGAUACCAAACUAAUGAAAGAAUGGGAAAAAAUGCAGGAAGAGGCCAAAAACAGAGACCACAGGAAAAUUGGAAAGGAACAAGAACUUUUCUUCUUUCAUGAGCUGAGUCCAGGCAGCUGCUUCUUUAUGCCCCGAGGAGCCCAUAUUUAUAAUACCCUCAUUGAAUUCAUUAAAGAUGAAUACCAGAAUCGAUAUUUUACCGAGGUAGCAACACCCAAUAUUUAUAACAGCAAACUGUGGGAGGCAUCAGGUCACUGGCAGCAUUACAGCGAGAACAUGUUCUCCUUCGAGGUGGAGAAAGAAACCUUCGCUCUGAAACCGAUGAACUGUCCAGGACAUUGCCUGAUGUUUGGUCACCGUCCUCGGUCAUGGAGAGAACUACCUCUGCGGUUUGCUGAUUUUGGUGUCCUUCAUCGUAAUGAGCUUUCUGGGACUUUAAGUGGGCUGACCCGAGUCAGGAGGUUUCAACAGGAUGAUGCUCAUAUUUUUUGCACCAUGGAGCAGAUAGAGGAGGAGAUGAAAGGAUGCUUAGAGUUCUUGCAGUCUGUAUAUGAUGUGUUUGGAUUCACUUUCCAACUGCACCUCUCAACUAGGCCUGAGAAUUACCUGGGAGAAAUAGAGAUCUGGGAUCAAGCAGAAAAGCAACUUGAAAACAGUCUGAACAAUUUUGGCCAGCCAUGGAAACUGAACCCAGGAGAUGGAGCGUUUUAUGGUCCAAAGAUUGAUAUAACUAUCAGGGACGCCAUUGGCCGGUACCAUCAGUGUGCUACCAUACAACUAGAUUUCCAGUUGCCCAUUAGAUUUAACUUGAAUUAUGUAAGCAAGGAUGGAGAUGAUAAGAAAAGACCGGUUAUUAUUCAUCGUGCCAUCUUGGGAUCAGUGGAGAGAAUGAUAGCAAUUCUUUGUGAAAACUAUGCUGGAAAGUGGCCAUUCUGGCUGUCACCCCGUCAAGUCAUGGUAGUCCCAAUAGGACCUAGCUGUGAAGAGUAUGCACAACAGGUGUGUAAAGACUUCUUCGAUGCAGGCUUUAUGGCUGAUGUGGACCUCGACCACAGCUGUACAUUAAACAAGAAAAUACGAAAUGCACAGCUGGCUCAGUACAAUUUCAUUUUCGUGGUCGGAGAGAAAGAAAAAACAAACAACGCUGUGAACGUGCGCACAAGAGAUAACAAAGUACAUGGAGAGAUUUCUAUAAACUCUGCCAUAGAGAAGCUGCUGAAGUUGAAGAAGUCGCACUGUAGAAGCGCCGAAGAGGAUUUCUAAAGAUGAAAGAAAAAUUAAUUUAUUUCAAUUUUCACUCAUGUUGGAUUAGUUAAAGUGGCUCUAAAACAAUAUUCUUUGCACCAUAAUAAAUCGUAAAAGAAAGGGACUUACAUCACGCUGACCUGCCUUUAAGCUGUUCAGUAUUUUUUUAAUAAAAAAAAAAAAAAAACUACAAAACUGAAUAAAAUAUUUCUAAUGUAAACAAGUGGCAUUCUGCAAAAUCAGGCAGCUAAAACACUGUAUAUUAUCUUCCUGGCACAGCUUAGCGCUGGCAAGACGGAGUUCUCAGGUUCUUAUUGGCUGCUAGUAUGACAUGCUACACUGUAUUAAAUUCAAAGUGUAAUUGCAGCUACUACUUACUGUAUUUUGUUUUGUAAUAUUAAUCUGUUGGGGUUCCAUUGAUUUAUUUGAUGAAAACGUAAUGUGAUAGAGCUACUUUAAUGGUUUAAGAUUGUAAUUGCAAAUAAAUUUAACUUCCUGUCCUAGUA